UCCCUCCCGCCUCCAUCCCUCUCUCCUGAAGCUCCUCCUGAGGCACGCGGGGCCCAGGGCGCGUAGAUCCUCCGUGUGGCUCGAGCGCGCCAUGGGUCCCGCCCCGCCGCCCCAGCGCCGCGUGCUUCUGGCUAUCCGCAACCCUGGUCUUUUAUCUUGAGGCGUGGGUCGGUUAAGGGCGGGGCGAACGUGUCAGAAUCAGGUUUCGCUCAGUUUUGUAUUUGAGUGUUGCCUGGGUUCUAGGUGCUGUAUUGCUGAACGUGUGGGUUAUCCUCAUGCGGAGUAGAUGUUCUUCGACUUCCUGUGCAGCUUCCUCGUGGUCCGUCUCGGGUGCUAUCGCGACUGUAUGUUCGCCCAGUGAGUACUGCUUCGUGGUGCUGCUAUACCAGCUCUGGAGGUCGUCGUAGUGAUCAGUAUGCGUGUUUUGAGGGCAAGACUUCGGCUCAUGGUCCACUACUUGGGCCCCUCCCAGGACCCUACGGAGGCCAAGUACCUUGCGCUGGCUGCGAGGGGUUUCAUCCAGGACUCCAAGGGUCUCGGCAUGAUCUUGAAGGCUUCCAAGUCUGGGGCUGUUGUUGGUUCUCGGAAGUUCUGGAAGGGGGUGCAGCGCCACAUGGGCUCCAUGAAGAUCCCGUACAAAGAAGACAUGCCACUACCUAGAUCAGGACACCGUCGACUUCCUGCUGCGAGGCCUGGGCAUGAUCGGAGAUGCCGACUUCGAUUCGGGCCUUGACAACAUCACGAGGAAGGCCGAUGCGGUGCUGAAGGCAGCGAGAAGGGCCUCGGAGAAGGCUUGGCGAGGCUGGGCCAAGCAGGCUUUUCUAGGAGGGGCCAGUCGGGCCCAUGCAGCUUCCAAGGUGCGCGGCAAGCAGGAGCAGCUCAAUUUCGACGUGAACGCUCAGCCGUACCUGCUCGCAAACCACACCCUUGACGUGUGGGAAGGCGUAUGGCGGCAUCACGACCUGUUGCCCCCAGGGCUGCCGCCAGGCCAUGAGAGCUGGCCUGCUCUGCCCGAGCUCGACCACCAGCAAGUGCGGGCUGCCAUUCGCAAGUUUUCGACGCGGACGGCAGCUGGGCCGAGCCGAAUUUCAACCAGAUGCCUGGACGCUCUGUCGGACCAAGCGCUUGAGCGCAUGGCCAAGAUGUUUAUGCUUUUCGAGCAGUGGCUGUCCUGGCCUCCUGAGCGGGUUUACAGUGAAAUGGUUCGCUUACCUAAACCUGACGGGGACACACGAUUGAUUGUGCUAUCUCACGCUUUGGUGCGUAUCUGGG